AUGAGCAGCAUACCAAUUCCCAUCAAUACAAUUCUCCGUACUCCCGGAACCAUCGGUCCUGUAUCCUACAGCCCACACAAAGCAACUGAAAUCAUGCUUCGUCUCGUCCCGAAAGGUAGUCACGACAUCGGUGAUCCCGUCGCCUCCGAGCCAAGGUCUUUGGUAACAGUUGGCCCCGUACUUCGAUUGAAUGGUGCAUGUCACCUUUUUUCUUGCUUCGAGGAUAUUGAGGUUGCUGGAUGUUGGUGCAUUGGAGAUGGGACUUGCGAUACUUAG